AUGAAUAAAGUAUCCCCGUCUGAUAAUGAUUUUGAUAACUCCAUAAGUUCAAAGCGAGUGGGUGUUCUUGUGACUAAAGCAGCUAAGAUAUUUGGAAUCGUUUCUAAGAAAUUCGACAGACCAUCGCUUCCCGAUUGUGCCAUUGAGACAGGACGAGGAACGGGAUUCAGUAGCAUCACCAUUCAACCUGCGAUCUAUCAACAAUCAUCAACAAGGCAAUUGGCAUUUGGAAAUAACUCCGUUGAGAGUGAAUCGUCAAAGCCUUUGAAUGACUUUUACAAUAACACUACGUUAACAACCGUCUCGAAGAUGUUUUGUGCCGUGAUAUUACUAACAGCUUUCGUGUUAGUAAUGAGUCGUAGCUUUAGUCAGUAUCAACAGUUUUACAAUCAAAAUCAACAACAGGUUGUGACGAACUCCACAAUUAGUUGA